AUGUUGGGAGUUGGGCGUAUUCUUCGUAUGAGUUAUCAAGGCUCUCAAGCAGUAUUGCGUAGCUUUUUGAAACCAGAAGUUAACAUGUAUGAAGGCCGAGCGAAUUUUAAGGUCCGUCAGCAGUUAAAACUUCGAUGUUCACACUGCUACUUUAUCCGAGUUGAUGGUCGUUGGGAAGUACGUUGCACAGAAUUUGCAAAACAUCAUCAGAAAGAGCCUUUUAAUGUUGAAGCUUGUGUACAAAUCUUGGAGGAUUAUUUUGGACCGAUCGUAGCGAGUGUUGGAAAUAUUUUACUAUGUGGAGCUAUGACAUUACCUGUUUUGCUUCAAAGGCUAAAACCAAAAUUUACGAUAUCUGAAAUCAAGCGAGCAGUAAUAAUUUUGGAGCAGCAUGGGAUUGUACAAUUUGUUCAGGAUGAUCGCCAAAAUAUAGUGUAUUCAGCACAAACUAAUGAAAUUCUGAGAUUGUUACGGUCAGCACGAUGUUCAUUCGUUGCUAAGACAUUAUAUGGAGAAAUAGCAGAAAUGAUUUGCGAAGAAAUCGCAAGUCAUGGUCGAUUAACAUGUUCAUCCUGCAUCAGACGAGUUGCGUCUAAAUUAGAAAAAGAUUAUAAUGAAAUAAAGUUAGUUUUUGCUCGACUUGCUGAGACACAAUUUGUUAUCCGAUGUCCAAAAGUCGAAAGUGAAUUCCUUGGUUGUCCUAUUUUCGAAAAACCUGUAGAUCCAUUUAUGAUGCCAGAAGCAAUUUUGAAUGCUGGAAAACAUGCAAUCAAAAGUAAUACGAUAUCCGGGAAGCGGAAAAAAUUAGACGCUGAUGAGGAUGAUCCAGAUAGAGAUAUUCUUUGGAAAGUGAAUUAUGUGCGUUUUGAAAGGUAUCUGCGUGAUGAGAUGGUUAUUAAAGCUUAUAGUUCCAGUGAUGCUGUUCAUCAAAAUUGUAUCAAAACUCUAAAAGUUUUAUUGAAAAUUGCUGAGAUGAAGGCUGAUUCGGCUGCACCAUCUUCAUUCCCGGCAUCUGUUCAUGAUGUCGUAAAGGCAGCACGCGUUCACUAUAACAAUUUGACAAAACAAGAAAUUGAUGUUGCUCUAAAGCUUCUCUGUGAAAGUGACGGGAUUGUACGGAAAGUUGGUGAAAGCUCAGGGGGUCUUUUUGUUGUUGAUUUUGAAAAAGCAAUCAAUAUACACUGUCAACGUCAUAUAGAAUCAGCAAUUCGGGAAACAUUUGAUGCCCCGGCUGUUCGUAUUUUUCGUCUCCUCAUGCAGAAAGGUUUUCUAGAAGAAGACCAUGUUGAAAAACUAGCAAUGAUGUCAUCGAAGGAAGCGCAUAAUCGUUGCUACCAGUUAUGGGAGAAAGGAUUUAUUUUAAUGAAACAUUUGGCUAAAACUAAUGAUUUCGCCCCAACAAGAACUAUUUACCUUUACUAUGUGGACAUGAGUGUUGUGGCUCACAAUUUAUAUUUAUUCACUUGUAAGGUUUUGAGAAAUGUGAUUAUACGAAGACGUCAUGAAACUAAGAAGCAUAAAGUAUUGAUUGAAAAAAAUUUGAAGAUGGAAGCCAUCAUUUCAACUAUUGAAACGGAUGGAAGUCUUAAUGAGGAGCUAAAAAAAGAACAGGUAGAAGAAGUAGAAGAGAUUUAUAUGACGCCAGGAGAUAGUGCAAUUUUGGGAAAGUAUAAGAAAGGUCAGAAUGCAUUGAUGUCUACUGAAAUAGAAUUAGACCUUGAUUUAUUGCUAUAUAAAUUGUAUCUGGAUUUCGCACGACGAAAACUGUAA